CAGCCAAUAGCUGGAGGACUCCAGGCUGACACCCAGUUCUUGACUCUAGGCGGGUGCAGGCUUGCCAUGCAUAAAAGGACUUGUGUUCUAGCACUCUGGCUCUGCCUUUGGUUCAACCACAUUGGACGUUCCUCUGCGCAGCUUCGCCGUCACACUGAGCUGUAGCCACAUCUUUGGGUGUCUCAGGCUCUCCCUUCCUGAGAUGGACUCCUGCCUGAUCCAGGUGAACAGCAACACCACCCUGUCCUCCGUCCUAGAUGUCCACGUCAACCUCAAUGGGAAGAGCCCUUCUUUGCCCAAGGGAAAAGGCCGUAAGCCCCACUGGGCAGUCAGGGCUUCAGAAAUGUCUAGAAGGACUUUCAAUCCCAUUCGAGCCAUUGUGGAUGCCAUGAAAGUGGAGCCCAACCCCAGGAAAGCUCUGAUAUCUUUGUCCAUAGGAGAUCCAACUGUCUUUGGAAACCUUCCUACAGAUGAUGAAGUCACACGGGCCAUGAAAGAAGCACUGGACUCUGGAAAAUACAACGGCUAUGCCCCGUCUGUGGGUUACCUGUCUUGUCGAGAGGUAGUUGCAAGCUACUACAAUUGUCCAGAAGCACCUCUGAAAGCCCAGGAUGUAAUUUUGACCAGUGGCUGCAGUCAGGCUAUUGAAUUAGCUUUAGCAGUCCUGGCUAACCCUGGACAGAACAUCCUGGUGCCACGCCCUGGCUUCUCCCUCUACAAAACCUUGGCUCACUCUAUGGGAAUUGAAGUCAAGUUCUACAAUCUCUUGCCAGAAAAAUCCUGGGAAAUUGACCUGAAGCAAAUGGAAUCUCUGGUGGACAACAGGACAGCUUGUCUGAUUGUGAACAACCCAUCCAAUCCCUGUGGCUCUGUUUUCAGCAGAAGUCACCUCCAGAAGAUUCUGGCAGUGGCCUCUAGGCAGUGUGUCCCUAUUUUGGCUGAUGAGAUCUAUGCAGAAAUGGUUUUUGAAGACUGCAAAUAUGAGUCCCUUGCAAAGCUUAGCACUAAUGUCCCAAUCCUGUCCUGUGGAGGCCUUGCCAAGAGAUGGUUGGUGCCUGGCUGGAGGAUGGGAUGGAUUCUGAUCCACGACUGCCGGGACAUCUUUGGAGAGGAGAUCAGGGAAGGCCUCCUGAGGCUGAGCCAAAGGAUUUUGGGGCCCUGCACAGCUGUCCAAGGAGCCCUUGGGCAUAUCUUCCACCACACAUCCCCUGAAUUCUAUCACAACACUCUCAGCUUCCUCAAGUCCAAUGCUGCCCUUUGUUAUGCCGCCCUCUCCACAGUCUGUGGGCUGAAACCUGUCCGGCCCCAGGGAGCCAUGUACCUGAUGGUGGGGAUCGAGAUGGAGCAUUUCCCAGAGUUCGAGAACGAUGUGGAGUUCACAGAGAGGCUCAUUGCGGAGCAGUCGGUCUUCUGUCUACCUGCCACGUGUUUUGAGUACCCCAACUUCUUCCGUGUGGUGAUCACCGUGCCCGAAGAGAUGAUGACAGAGGCUUGCCAGCGUAUCCACUACUUCUGUGAGAAGCACUAUCAAGGGGGAGAGGGGACCCAGGACCUGGAGUGUGACAAGUAGGCCUGAGCACGUGCCCCUAACCUUCUACUCCCUGAGCAGCCUGACUCGGCACCACCAUUCUUGUUCUGGACUCUGAACUGCUAGGGCCUGGCUAGAAGUGGGCUGUCAGUGACACUCCUACCUGCCCAGCAGGCUCAAGUAACUCCUGCAGCAGCCCUGGGCAUGCUUGACAGCCUUCAAUCACCUGCUGAAUGAUUUCUAGAUCCUAUGGGAACCUGUGAGAAGGAACCUGCAAGCCAGAGCAGAAAAUGCCCAACCCUUCCUCAGGCACAGAACUAACCCCAGUGCUACACAGACCUCAAAGAAGGACCAUGAUUUCUCCCCCACCUCAACGGAUUACACCUGCAAUCUGUUUUCUUGUACACACAUUUGAAGUUCAUAAGUUAUUGUAUUUUUGUACGAAUAAAUGCAUGGUAAAUUUCUAA